CGAAGGACCCCAGAUUUCUGUGGAAACAGCGCGGGCUAAUGUAAACUGCAAAAAACAAGUGUAUUUACAACAAAAGUUUCCACGCAAUUAAAUAUCCGAGUGGGAGAGCUCGAAACAUAUGCGGAAAUAACGCUUUGUCGCCGCUGUGUCGCCACAGAAGAGUGAAGUUUUUCUCCUGAGCUGGUAAAAAAAAACUAGCUGGCUAACUGAGCUAGCUAAAAGCUAAACGCUGCUACAGCUGCGCAGUUUCGUUUCCCAGAAAACACCGAAAACACCCACCAGUCAAGUCUGCUCACUUUAGCUGUGUUUGCCUGCUGUAAUAUAUCUUGGAGAGUGGCAUGGGCCGACUUUACCAAACUUUGAUAGCUGUCUGCUGCUAACUGCAACACACACGUAGAGCCAGGAUGAAGAGACGAGCUGAAGCAGCGCCGGCACCACCACAGGGGACAAAGAGGCAUCGAGAUGACAGCAGCUCAGAUGAAGAGUCGCAGUUAUCCAGACAAGACUCGAGCCAAAAUGAUUCCCUCAGUGACCAAGAUGAUCACAGACCGAGAUUCUCCAUGCCCUCCAUAUCGUCCUUUGAUGACCAAGACAAUGACCCCUCUCAGGCUUCCUCCAACUUCUCCAUGUACAACAGUGUGUCACAGAAACUCAUGGCCAAGAUGGGUUUCCGUGAGGGUGAAGGUCUGGGAAAGUUUGGACAGGGACGCAAAGAGAUUGUGGAGGCCUCCACCCAGCGAGGGAGAAGAGGUCUCGGUCUCACACUGCAGGGCUUUCAGGGGGAGCUAAAUGUGGACUGGCGCGAUGAACCAGAGCCCAGUGCCGUAGAGAAGGUAGACUGGUUCCCAGAAUGCACCACAGAGAACCCAGAUGCAGAUGAGUUGAGGGACUGGAUGAAACUGGGAGAGAGAAAACUCAAGAUUGAGAAUGAGACAGAGUUUUGCACGGAAGACCUCCUGCACACUCUUCUAAGGUGCAAGACAGUGUUUGAUAACCUGGAGGGCGAGGAGAUGAGGAGAGCACGGACACGCUCCAACCCAUACGAGACAAUCAGAGGAGGUAUCUUCCUCAACAGAGCAGCUAUGAAAAUGGCCAACAUGGACCACUGCCUCGACCACAUGUUCACCAACCCAAAGGAUUCACAAGGGAAACCUCUGACGAAGGACCGCGAGGGCGAGCUCCUAUACUUCGGUGACGUCUGUGCGGGGCCUGGAGGCUUUUCAGAGUACAUACUUUGGAGGAGGCGUUGGCACGCCAAGGGGUUUGGCAUGACGCUGAAAGGACCCUGUGACUUUAAACUGGAGGAUUUCUUUGCAGCGCCGAGUGAGCUGUUUGAGCCUUACUACGGUGAGGGAGGGGUGGACGGCGACGGAGACAUCACUCGGCCAGAAAACAUGACUGCCUUCCGAAACUUUGUCCUGGAGAAUACAGAAAGAAGAGGGCUGCACGUCCUCAUGGCAGAUGGGGGUUUCUCUGUGGAAGGCCAGGAAAACAUCCAGGAGAUCCUGAGCAAACAGCUGCUGCUCUGUCAGUUCCUCACUGCCCUCUCUACACUCAGGACAGGUGGUAACUUUGUCUGCAAGACAUUUGACCUCUUCACGCCCUUCAGUGUGGGUCUGGUCUACCUGCUCUACCUCUGCUUCGACAGGAUCUCACUCUUCAAACCUGUCACCAGCAGGCCUGCCAACUCUGAGAGGUACAUCAUGUGUCGUGGUCUCAAGCCUGGUUCAGACGCCGUCAGGGAAUACAUGUUCAGAGUCAACCUGAAGCUGAACCAGCUGAAGAACACAGACAUGGACGUUACAGAUGUGGUCCCUCUGAGCAUCAUCAAGGAAGACACAGACUUCUACCAGUUCAUGGUCAACUCCAACGAGAGCCUCUGUGCAGUCCAGAUCAAGGCCUUGGCUAAGAUCCACGCCUUUGUCGUAGACCCGACCCUCUCAGAGUCGAGGCAAGCAGAUAUCAGGAAGGAGUGUUUGAAACUUUGGGGGGUCCCAGACAAGGCCAGAGUCACACCUGCUUCCUCAGAUCCAAAGUCAAAAUUCUACGAACUAAUUAAGUCCUCAGAUGUGGAGUCCUUCCAAUGUAAGCUUACACCCCUCAACUCCACUACUCUUGACAAGUUACGCCAUAUCCUGGACCACAGGUGCAUUGUGGGAGGUGGAGAGCAGAUCUUCCUCCUGGCACUGGGGAAAUCUCAGAUAUACACAUGGGAGGGGAAGAUGCCCGUGCGCUGGAGGAAACUUGAGAAUUUCAAACUGGAGCUGCCAAGAGAUACACUUCUGAGCGUGGAGAUCGUCCAAGAGCUGAAGGGCGAGGGCAAAGCUCAGCGUAGGAUCAACGCAGUUCAUGUAAUGGAUGCACUAAUACUGAAUGGCACUGAUGUAAGAGAACAGCACUUCAACCAAAGGAUCCAGAUGGCUGAGAAGUUUGUGAAGGCAGUAGCCAAACCCAGCAGGCCAGACAUGAACCCUAUCAGAGUGAAGGAAGUUUACAGGCUGGAAGAAAUGGAGAAAAUCUUUGUCAGACUAGAGAUGAAGGUGACAAAGAGCUCAGGGGGAGUCCCACGUCUGUCCUACACCGGCAGAGAUGACCGACACUUCCUUCCCACUGGCCUUUACAUCAUUAAGACUGUCAAUGAGCCGUGGACGAUGGCAUACAGCAAAAACUCAAAGAUGAAGUUCUUCUAUAACAAGACCACCAAGGAGUCCACCUAUGAAAUGCCUCCAAACUCCGCUGCCCCCUUCCAUGUCUGCCACUCUGAGCGUCUCUUCUGGGCCUGGGUGGACGGGGUGAUAGUCCAUGAUUCUCAGACACGUGUGGACCCUGAGAAACUGUCCAAAGAUGACGUUUUGUCCUUCGUCCACCAGAAUCACCAGCCCUGAAGUGCUCGCAGGGCGCCAGAGCUUCAGCAGCUACAACCUAAAACAAAGAAUGCACUAACUCGUGGAGGAUAUGGAGCCUUAGAGAAGGUUAUCAUACAAUGCCUUAAUUGAUAUUUAUUUGUGACAGUAAAGGAGGGAUUCAUAAAAUACUGCCAAAUAGAUUAACCCACCAAUAUAUAGAUUAAAACUAUCUUAAAGUUAAAGAAUUCUUCACCUGCAAUUUGCCGCAUUUGUAUAUCACAUACUCCCCCGUGUUAUGUUCAUGUAAAUAUUAAUUAACACACUGUUUUAUAAUCAUCAAGGCUCUCUUGAUCCUCCAUACAAUGCCGCUUAGAGAAACUAUUACCAGGUUGUAAGUGGAGUUCUGGAGCUCAAAUGAUGAAUUGUUUGCUGCUAUUUCCAGCGGUGACAUUUGGACUCUGUGUAAGCAACAGACAUUUGACAAACCACUCUGUCUUUCUGCCUUUUUUCCACUGCCCUUGGCUCUGUGAAUUGUAAUGAAUUGGACUCGCCUCAUACGACGGUAUGGAGACAGAAAGCUGCUGCCGUCGUCUCCUCAUUGGAUUGCAUGACCCUGUAGAUUACGUUUUUACAGUUCCAUACAAUGCUCGUGCGCGUGCGUGUGUGUGCAUACAUCACCUGAGCAAUGACAAGAGAGAUGCAUCUGCAAUUUGGAUAAUGCUAGAUAGAGUUACAGAUGUUAAACUAUGCAUCCAUGUCUGUAAACACAGUCUCGCUUGCCUUGCUCUACACCUGCUCAUCUCCACGGAGACCCCGUGUCUUCACUUCUGCAAAACUGUAGCUGAAGUCUAAAUACGACAAACAUGUUAUCCCGACCAUCACAUCGAUGUUCAAAUCAGUUUCAGAUGUAGCAGCUUUCUCCCCGUUCAUAACCGAUCUGUCACGUGUGUGUGUGUUAAACGUUUGAAGAUGUCCUGUUAGGUUUAAGGUUUUUAUGCCGACUCCUCUCUGUGGUUGUGCCUCAUAUCGCCUGAACUGUGUGUUUCUUAAAUACUGCAAAUUACAUAUUUUUUUCUUGUAAAGUUAGCUAUCGACCCCGUGAUGUAAAUAAUUCUAAUGUAGUAAAUAAAUGGGAGAUGAUCUUCCCAGAAAUAACUUUCAGUUGCUUGGUAAAAGUUGAUUUAGACCAGGCACCCUGCGACUCCAGAGCUGCAUGCGGCCCCUCUCCAGUGGCUCCCUGUGGCUUUGACAGAAAAUUAUAUGGCAAUUAGUGAUACAUACAUCUGGCUUGGCGCUGUUUCCUCUAAAAACAUCACAAAUGAUGGCUAAGGGAGUCUUGAGUCUCCUUAGCCAGGCUAGCUGUGGAUUCCUAAUCCAAAAAAGUUAUCAAAGUACCAAGUAAUUAAAAAACAGUCCACUGCAGAAUAGCCACUGUGUGCUAAAACAUGCUCAUUUAGAUCUGUUAGUAAUGUUGAUAUGCUAAAUUUGACUUAAAAGGCUGCGUUACCUUUAUUAAGAGGCUCAAAUAUGUUUCAAAUAAGUUUUAUGGCUUUGCGGGUUUUGGCCAAAAAUGGCUCUUUUGACAGUAAAGGUUGCUGACCCCUGAUUUUGACUGUAGUCUAGUGAUGAUUGCCGUUGCUGGAUGAAGCUGUUUGGAGGCACCUGUUGCCAUUAGGUUCAAUGCACACUAUAGAUAGCAACUUCAAACCAACCGGUCCUACAAAAGGAAUACCACCCGCCCCAGGUUUUCUGUGUGUCAGUUACUUUGUAGGAAAUUAAAGAACAACUUUUAUUUACUAAAAUGCACCAUGUCAACACAACACAAUCUAAACAAAUAAAGGUGUUAGAACUAGAUUUUGACACAGGACCAUGAGAUUACUUAAUAACGUAGGACCCAAUUUAUAAUAGUGUACUUCAGUGGUUAAAAUUCCCAGACAAAUGUGUG